AUGGAGGUCACCGAAGGGCAAAUGAUGGGAAGGCAAGGGAGGAAGAGGCAGAGAGUGCAGCCGGGCGCUGCCGGCGUGGCAGUGAAGGCACAUGUGACAGAGCGCCUCCAGACGCGGGAAGCCAGGAGACAAGGCCCAGAGAGGGUGAGCGGAGCAGCCAGGCGCGGAGGGAGGACCAGCAAGGGCUGUGAGGGGGGCUCUGCUGCCGCUGAGCGCGUUUUCCCUCAAGUGAAGACGCCGCAGCAUGGACCUGCCAGGGGUGGCCAGCAGGGUGGACACUGCUGGCGCAGGAGUGGAAGAGGCCCCCACGCAGUGAAAGCCAAGCGGGGACGGGGGCCAGUGCUCGGAGGCUGCAGGAGAGCUCCCCACGCUCCGGUCUUUAAUUACGUCUUCGAGGACAACGCUCCGGCUCAUUCCUCGCUCCUCUUGGGAAAUAACCAGGGCUUCGCGUUCACCACCAGGGUCAGCGAUCCUGACCCAACCUCCCCGCCCCAAGUCAUCCCGGCUCUUCCCCCGCAGCAGGAACGCAAGUUUCCCCCGUGCCCCGCGAAGCCCCACGUUCUGGAGACGCCUCCCUUUCCUCGCCCCACUAGCGGGCAUCGCGGAAACGCGUCAUCACUCGGGGACGGCGCGCUGCGGUGGGCUCGGCGCCGCUCGGCUCGUGGGCCGGCUAGGCUGCAGCUCUGGGGUCCCCGGGGUCUGUGCCCCGCCGCGCGGUGCGGGAGACUCCGCUAUAGGAAGGGGCUGGGGGGCGCGGGCAGGCCGGGUUCCGCAGGGUGCCUUCCGGGGCGCCGGCCGGGUCCUGAGGCAGCGAGGACCUGGGGCGUGGGGGGCGGAGUCCUCUGCAGCGACCCGGCUGCUGGGACCCCGGGCGGCAGCUCCGGACCCCGGAGCCCCCUGGUAGAGGUCGCUGAGGAUCGGGAGACCGCUGGGGGAAUGGGGGGCAGGAGGGGUGGACUGCACUCAGUUACAAAUGUUCUGCCUCCUGCCGAGCGCUGGGAGCAUCAGUUAUGCCCUUUGCCCCUUCGGUUCACGGUCUCAGGGAGGGGAUGUGAGACGGCGCGGCGCGAUCUGAAGGUUACCACGGGGGCAAGGAGCCUCGGAAGGCGCGUUCCGUGGGAUCCAGUUUUUAAAUACAGGCGGAAAGACUGGACGAACAAGGCCAUCAUGCUGGCUCCGUCUCAGUGUUCGAACAGUCAGGAUGGACUUCAAGAAAGCACAUUUCUUGAGUUACUCAGACUUACCGUAUUUCUUGAAGCACGAAACUGCUGCACUGUAAAUCUAAGAAAGCAGGAAAUUGGUCGUACAGACUCAGGAAAUGAUCAUCAUCAAUACCCAACACAGGACAUGCUUGAGAUUAAUUUUUGUUCGCAUGUAGUGUAUGAAACACACUGCAGAUGGUUCUCUAAUGUGUCUGGAACAACAUACCAUCUAGAAGACUACAAGAUCUUAGACAUUUGCCGUGAUUUAUAGAAACACAGCCCUUUGAAGCAAUUGGACAAUGAGCUGCAGACUUGGGGCGCAUUUCAAUAAUUCAAACAUCGUCUGAUACCUCGCAGUUCCAAGAGAAAUGUACAGCUGCCAAGCCCAGAGAACUUCCUGCUGGAAUUCUGCCAGAGAAUAGAAUAGCUCGCUGUGUCGGGGAGGUCCAUCCUUGGGAGGGUUUGCUGUUUGUAAAUUUAAUAAACGACUCACAUCUGCUUAUAAUAUUAUGGAA